GCAACGUAUGUGGAAUCAAGAACUAAUGCAGCUGUCUUCUCUAAGAGAGAAAGGUUUUCAUUGAUCGGCCUUUUACUAGGUAGGGUAUUUCUCCAAUAGAGAUACACAUACAUCCCCCAGACUCCUCUUGUGGGACCACACAAGGUAUGUUGUUGUUGGUAUACAUAAAGGUUAAUUACAGUAUAACCUCGUUGAUGCAAGUCUCAAUGUUAUCUCCUUCUAUUUAGCUGAGUAUGUAUUACCUAGUAAUUGAGUUGAUCAGCAUCUGAAAAUUGAACGGAUCGUGUUAAUUACUUUGUCCUGUUGUUAAUUUCAUUCUCUCUUCUUGCUUUUUGGCUGCAUUUUCCUUUUAUAAGUAAUGCAUGGUUAGGAGAGAUUGAUGAUGCAAAGCAAAAGCAUAUCCUUGCGUUAAAAUUAGCACAAAGAUUGAUAGAGGAAGGAGAUUGGAGCUACUAUGCAGAUAGUGUAACCAAUCCGUUAAUACAGGCAACAAAACUUGGUAUUGAUGGGUUAGUCGUGGAAAUUAUACAAAAAUACCCUCAAGCUGUAGAAACCUUGGAUGAAGAUGGAAAGAAUAUAUUGCAUAUAGCAGCAGAGAGGAAAAACAGGUUCCUAUUUGAUCACUUUCUGAAAAAAGUAGCUCAUAAGGAUAGGAUGCUUGCAGAUAUCGAUCAACAAGGAAAGCCCGUUUUGCAUUUUGCAGCAAGUGUUGGGUCCCCAUAUAGAUUUUCUAUGGGGGAACCAAGUGAAAUGACAGGGGGUAUAAAAGCAGUACUGCUCAUGAUGUGGGGCGUGCUUUGGUUUAAGCGCGUAAAGUACUGUGUUCAUCCACGUUUGUGGAGUCUGAAGAAUUCUGAAGGCCUGACUGCAAAAGAGUUAUUCGAGAGAAACCAUUCAGGCCUACGUAAAGAAGCAGAGAAAACAAUCAGAGACUUAGGGAAUUCAGUGUUCAUACUGGCUACUCUUCUCAGUACAAUAAACUUUGCUGCAGUUUUUACAGUCCCCGGAGGAUUUGAUGAGAAAACUGGCCUACCUAUUCUCUUCAACUCUGAUGGUACUAAGUCAGAGUUGUCGAUGUUGAUGUUUUUCUUAGCUGCAGCUCUUUUCGAUUCAGUAUUCACCAUGGGCGCUUUGCUUUCGUUUCUUCUCUCCGAGUUUGACUCAGAUGACUUUUAAAUUGACAUUCCAUUGAAGAUCUGUGGUGUCUAUACUUUUGUGUAUUACUCUGCAGCAUUCACAGUUUUGGCCGGCAUUCAAGCCCUUAAUCUUGAGAAUAUGUUCAUGAACAAAGAUAUCUGGUGGCUAAGUUUUUUUAUACUUUGUCUUGCAUUUCUUGUGGCCUUAAUAUUUGUAGACAUGUCUUAUCUCGUUUUUGAUUAUAUGUACCAUUUCCUUCGUUAUUCACUUUCUUACAAGAGGCAAUAUAUGUAAUGUGAAAUACCAUUUGUCAUAUCAUGCUGCAGAUAGCCUUUUUGUUUUUCUGCAU